CAUCGCCAGACCCAACCCUCCACCACCCCCGCAUCCUCUGCCUCCACGGCGGCGGCACCAAUGCCCGCAUCUUCCGCACCCAGUGCCGCGCCCUGUCCGCCCACCUGCGGCCGCACCACUUCCGCCUCGUCUUCGCAGAGGCCCCCUUCCCGUCCCGCCCCGGCCCGGACGUCCUCUCCGUCUACCGUGACUGGGGCCCCUUCCGCCAGUGGGUCCGCGUCCCAGGGUCCAGCGACGCAGACGCCGACGCGCAGGAGGCCGUGGGACGCGCGCUGGUGGCGGCGAUGGAGGGGGAUGAUGCGGUGGGGGGCACGGGGGAGUGGGUUGCGCUGCUGGGGUUUAGCCAGGGCGCGAAGCUCGCUGCCAGUUUGUUGUUGAUGCUGCAGCGGCGGGCUGCCAAGGGGGAGUCGUUCCGGUUCGGGGUGCUGAUGGCCGGGCGGGCGCCGCUGAUCGCCCUGGAGCCCGGGGUUGUGGCGUGGCCGCCUGGCAGCGGGGAGGAGUGGAAAGAUGGCGGCGGCGGCGGUGAUGGUGGCGGGGCGGCGACUCCGUUGUUGCGGGUGCCGACGAUUCAUGUGCAUGGGAUGAGGGAUCCGGGGCUGGAGAUGCAUGUGGAGUUGCUGCGGCUGUGCUGUGAGAGGGGGAGCGCGAGGUUGGUGGAGUGGGAUGGCGAACAUAGGCUGCCGAUUAAGACGAAGGAUGUGUUGCCGGUUGUGGAGCAGAUAUUGGCUGUUGCGAAGGAAACGGGAGUUCUCGUGUAGUGCCCGGCUUUGGUUUAUCUGUGUUCUAAUUACACCACCUCGCUUAUGACCAGUUGAUUGGACUACCUGAUUUCAAUCAUCCCUAACUGUCUAUAAUGUGCUGGAAUAUAUUCUCUAUCCAUUCGAA